GCAACGUGCGUGCUUACGUCCGUCCGUCCACCUUUCUUCCGUCCUUUCCCCAGUGCGCUCCGUCCCGCCGGCGACCAUGAUCUGCCUGUUUCUGUCUAUAUUUGCCUACUUCUUCCAGUCAGUUUCCACCAUGUGUGGGCAGCAGGAGACGCAGACUCACCGGUCCUCGGCUAGCUGCAAGAGGAGCAGAGUGCGCUGCUGAAGCGAUGGAGGCAUGAAGUACUUUAAGUACUUUGAUGGAGCUUUUGUAAUUAAUUUAAUGUUAAACAAAAGCAGCGUAAAGUCGCUCGGCUAUGACGUGAGACUUUUAAUACCCAAACUGUGUGUGUUUUACUAAUCCAACGUUACACACCCAUAGUGGCUACUUGGUGUAACUACCUGCAGCAUAGUCCUCCUCACUAUAAAAUAAGUUGAUUCAUCGUCCUAUUAAUAGCUCACGUGUUAGCGCGCUGCCAUUGGUGCCUGUAGGAGUCAUGUGGAGCGGUGAUAGGCUGCUGCAGGAGGAGCGCCGCAAUGGGGCCGAAAAAAAGGUCACAGCCAGGUCUGCACCAACUACAAGAUUUGGUGGUUAAACAUGCACGGAUUGAAGACUCUGAUAUCUCUUGGUCUAGGCUGGACCGGGGUGAAUGAGCGCACCUUCAUUGCCGUGAAACCAGAUGGCGUGCAGCGGAGACUGGUGGGAGAAAUCAUGCGUCGUUUUGAGAGGAAAGGGUUCAAACUGGUGGGCGUCAAACUCAUGCAGGCAUCUGAGGAUCUUCUUAGGGAACACUACUGGGACCUGAGGAGCAAACCUUUCUUCAAGGAACUGAUCAGCUACAUGAGCUCUGGACCAAUCGUAGCAAUGGUGUGGGAGGGUUUGGACGUGGUCAAGACUGCACGUAAGAUGGUGGGCGAGACCAACCCUGCGGACUCGCUGCCUGGAACCAUCCGAGGAGAUUACUGCGUGGAAGUGGGCAGGAACGUGAUCCACGGCAGCGACUCGGUGGAGAGCGCCCAGAGGGAAAUCUCUCUGUGGUUUCGUCAGAAUGAGCUUCAGUGCUGGGAGGACAUCAGCAGCCACUGGAUCUACAACUGACCGUCUACAUUUGCUGUGUGUGUGUGUGUGUGUGUGUGUGCGCGCCUUCCUGUAGAGAAACCAGUGUUGUUGUUUUUUUUAAUAUUAGCAUCAUUACAAGACAGAUCACAUCAUACCUCAAAUGGAUAUUUUUGUGGCUUUGAUAGCUUGUAGCCACACGGGAGAAAAUGUGUCAUCACGUUCUUGUUGCGUCUUUAUUUCAUAAAAUGUUUUUGUUUUUUUAAAAAUCUGAACUACAUUACUGAGGUCCGCUUCUGUUACCGUUUUCAUUGUAGUCUUUGUUUAGUCCAGAGCACUAGCUCAUGUUUACAGUUUUUAAGCAAUAAGCUUGGAAUGUCGAGCAAUAAAAGUUUGUGAUACAUAUUGCGCAUCCGGGAAUGACGAGUAAAGAGCUGCAUUUAAAUCCACCCUCAAGGGUAAUUACUAUUCAAAGUACAGGAAACACAAAUCCUCACAUAACUAUGCUGGUAAACAAAAAAAGAAUUGCUUACUAGCUCAGUUUGUUUUGGAUCAAGCUUUCUUUUUCACUUGGAAUAAGCUCCUUUCAAUUUUAGUGGUGAAAGAUCUGCCAAAAUAUACGCAUGUAGUACUAUUAUCAGCAGCGCAGAUUGUUGUACCUUUAAAGGGUCACUUGGGACUACAUGAUUGUAAAAGGUAGAAGUUUUAAAAUAUGACUGUUACCAGCUUUCAGUGAGCAUAAAGCUCUGAUUGUGGUCAGGUCAAAUUCAGGAGAAACUGUACUUUAUUAAUUGUGCUAAUAUCUUUUGCUCUGUAAAGCUCACAUUCAGGCUUUUCUAAAACACUAUGAUGCUGUGUUAAUUGUACUGGAAUUGUCGAACAAUAAAUCUGAUCAGGAAAUCCU